UUUAGUUAUUGGAUUCAUCGAGGAUUCGCUCAAUGGAUUAGGAAAAUCUAGAACGCGAUCUUUUCGAGCUACUUCUCCUUUCUGGAGUCUGUUCCCAGGGGCAAUACCUCCUUCCACCUUCCCAACGAUAACUUGGAGGAAGAGGGAAAAGAAAGGAGGGAGAAAAGGGGAGAAUUUUUUUUUUUACUUGGCGGGAGCGGGAAUGGGAGGGGUGGCGUCGUCGGUGGCGGCGAAGUUCGCAUUUUUCCCGCCAAGCCCGCCGACGUACGAGGUGGUGACGGACGCCGAGACCGGGGUAGUGACGCUAAGCCGCUUCCCUCACCGAGAGAACGUGGAGGUGCUCCGCCUGCCCACCCGCCGGGGGACGGAGAUCGUCGCCGUCUACGUCCGCUACCCCAUGGCCUCCUUGACUCUUCUCUACUCCCACGGCAAUGCCGCCGAUCUCGGCCAGAUGUACGAGCGCUUCCUCGAGCUCAGCUUCCACCUCCGCGUCAACCUCCUUGGGUAUGAUUAUUCUGGAUAUGGGCAGUCAUCUGGAAAGCCAAGCGAACAAAACACUUAUGCUGAUAUUGUGGCUGCUUAUAAAUGCCUUGAAGAUAAUUAUGGCACAAAGGAGGAAAACAUUAUCCUUUAUGGGCAGUCUGUUGGAAGUGGACCAACUUUGGAUCUAGCAGCUCGUCUACCACACUUACGAGCGGUUGUUUUACAUAGUCCUAUACUUUCUGGACUAAGAGUAUUGUAUCCCAUAAAGCGAUCAUACUGGUUUGAUAUUUACAAGAAUAUUGACAAAAUUCCAUUGAUCAAUUGUCCUGUGCUAGUAAUUCAUGGAACAUCAGAUGAUGUUGUGGACUGCUCUCAUGGUAAGCAGCUCUGGGGCCUGUGCAAGGAGAAGUAUGAACCUCUAUGGCUUAAAGGAGGAAACCACUGUGACUUAGAACUCUUUCCUGAGUAUAUUACUCAUCUUAAGAAGUUUAUAUCUACAGUCGAGAAAUCACCUUCCAAAAGGAAUACUCUAAAGAAAAGCACAGAUAAUUUUGAACUGUCCAGAAGGAGCACCGACUGUUUGGAUGCAUCAAGGAACAGCACCAAUUGGAGAGAGAAACCAAGGCAUAGUACAGAGAAGCUGAGAAGCAAAGAUUGCAUGUCUUCAAACAUUGAAAAGUUAGAGAAGUUAAAGAUCUCAUUCAAUUUUACUGAGAAGUCCAGAAGGAGUUUGGAUUGCCUCCAGAAGUCUAGGAAGAAGACUGAUCAGCUAGAGAGGACCCGGAAGAGUGUCGACCGGCUGGACAGAGUACAAGCUGCAUAAUCUUUGGCUUCAUAUAAAUUUCAUGAUCUUGGUUAUGUAGGAAAAUUUAUCUGUGCAUUUUACAUGUUAUCCUUAUCAUGCAAUUUUUCUAUUUGACUCCAAUCCUGUAAUUUGUUUAUGGAAAUUAAUUAAACAAUGGGUGGAAGCAAAUAAAUCUUGAUGUAUUAGAAAACUUGUUUUUCCUGUUUA